AUGAAGUUUGACUACGACGAAGGCGGAGAAAAGCUGUAUUAUUUUAUUCUUCCUCGUUUCGCAUUUAUUCUUCUGUCGUUGCCUUGUUAUUUGCGGCCUAGAAGAGAAGAGAUCAAAUUUGUAUCACUGGCAUAUCAUGCACCACUGAUUACAACUGAAAAUGAAGACUAUGAUCCAUUUGCAAUAUUAGCGGUUGAUAAAGAAGCGCCUAUUAGUGAAAUAAAACGAGUCUGUCAUGAGUUAAGUAAAAUAAAUCAUCCAGAUCGUGGUGGUGAUCCGGAAGAGUUUUUAAAAAAAUAG